AUGAAUUCAAACGGAAUCAACAACGCCACGGUAGAGCGUGACAAUCAACCGGCCUCGGCUCCGGGAUUGGGGGCGGGAUCGGGAACGGCUGUAAGGGUAGUGCCGACCGUAGAUAUUAAUCCUUCAAGAUUUUCAAAUAACUUCUCACCUACAUCUGUGACAUCUGGACAACAGUUAUCACAACAGCUACCAGCAUCAACAACUAUUCGACAUAGACAUACUCUACAGGUUCCUAAACCUAGUAGUUCGAACCGGCAGACCACUCCUAGUGGGAGUGCAGCGGAUGCGGUGACAAGUGGUCGGUUCUCUCCCACCUCAGCUACUCCUAGGCGAGCAUCUAUAUCAUUAGGGCGCAGAGGAACAAGGUCGUUACAUUCCGACAUGCAUAUUGACGAGAUACCCCAAGAUGAGGACGCAGUACGGAUUGCCGAGGCGAUCAAAGCUAAACGGGCCAGCAAAAGACGAAAGGCAGAGGAGGAGCUGGAUGAUGAAAAGGUUAUGGUUGGGACGAAGGUCGAUCAGAACCAUGUCAAUUGGAUCACGGCCUACAACAUGCUUACGGGUAUUCGAUUCACUGUAUCGAGGAUCAACGCCAAAAUGGAUCGGCCCCUAACAGAUGCCGAUUUCGACGCUAAGAAUAAGUUCUCUUUUGAUAUUACCGGGAACGAACUUACCCCAUCUGCCAAGUACGACUUUAAAUUCAAGGACUACUCACCAUGGGUAUUUCGACAUCUUCGAGCAAAGUUUCGAUUGGAUCCCGCGGACUACCUUAUGUCUUUGACUAGCAAAUACAUAUUAUCCGAAUUAGGCUCACCUGGAAAAAGUGGAAGUUUCUUUUACUUCUCACGGGAUUACAAAUACAUAAUUAAGACCAUUCAUCACGGAGAGCACAGGUUCCUUCGACAUAUAUUGAGGGAUUAUUACAAACACGUGGAAGAUAACCCAGAUACCCUUAUAUCACAGUUUUAUGGGCUGCACCGGGUCAAGACUCCAUUUGGACGGAAGAUCCACUUUGUUGUCAUGAAUAAUUUGUUCCCACCACACCGCGACAUCCACCAGACUUUCGACCUGAAAGGUUCGACAAUCGGACGUGAUUUCAAGGAGGAAAGCCUUGCGCAAAACCCUCGUGCUACUCUGAAAGAUUUGAACUGGCUUCGACGGGAUAUGAAUUUGAACUUCGGCCCUACCAAAAAGGAGCUCUUUCUUCAGCAGGUGCACCGAGAUGUUGAGUUAUUGAAACGCCUUCAUAUCAUGGAUUAUUCGUUAUUAUUGGGAAUCCAUGAUCUCACCAAAGGGAACAGUGAAGACAUUCGGAAUAAUACGUUAAAGGUGUUUCAACCUGGUGCUAGCACCGCAGAGGCUGGCCAGGACGACCCGGCUAGCCAUAUGCUACAAAGAACACCAAGCAAGAUGGAGAAGGCAAGGCAGGCCAGAGAGUUAAGGAAGACAAUAAACAAGGAGGUGCCGAUUACCUUAGAUAGGGGCGCAAAUAGACUACCAGAGGAGUUCUUGGAGCAAAGGAACACCAUCUUCUAUGGCGAUGACGGCGGUUUUAGGGCGACCCAUGAAAAUGACGAGAACGGAGACGUCAUCUACUACCUUGGAAUCAUUGAUUGUCUCACUCACUAUGGAUUUGUCAAAAGAUUAGAGCACUUCUGGAGAGGCCUAUCUAACCCCAAAGACCAGGUUUCUGCUAUUCCACCAGACGGAUACGGGGACCGAUUCUUCAAGUUCAUCUCAGGACAUGUGAAAUCACAAGAGGAGGCUGCCAGAGAUAAAGCAGCUAGGGAGAAUGCUGCCACUACAGAAGGGGUUGUAUCUGAGCCCUCUCAAAAUGAUCUGGAAAGAGCCCGGGAACGAGGUACAAAUGAGGGUGAUAGGCCAAACAGAACUCUGGGCGCUGUUCGUUCACCUUCCGCGGAACGAACAGCAGGAACGUCUGGCACGGUCUUACCGGUCGUCGAGGAAGCUGGUGAAGGUGGUAGUUCUCGGAGUCGGAGUCAUAGGGAUAGCUCAAGCGAUAACGGGCGGUCAGGAUAUGUGGAUAGUGUGACGGAUAGGCGGGCAUCAAGGGAGACUGGAGAGGAGGUUUUCUCUCAUGGCAAAGCGCGUGCGAUGCCUGAAGAUAUGGCAAUUCGGGUUGAAAGGGUUUCUUCCUAG